AUGAACAAUAUUGGGAUUAUAUUAUGCAAGCAGGAAAAAUAUGAUGAAGCUCUCGAUUAUCAUCAACGAGCACUUGAAGUACAAGAAAAACAUUGUUCAUCAUGCCAGAAUGAGAUUUCUAAUAGCCUUAAUCACAUCGGUGAUGUUCUCAUUGAACAGAAAAAGUAUGAUGAAGCCUUGAAGUUCUAUCAACGUGCACUGGAAACACAAGAAAAGUAUUAUCGAAAUAGUCAUGUGGAGAUUGCAGCAACCCUAGAUAAUCUUGGUACAACAUGUCGUCUACAAAAACGUUUUAUUGAAGCGAUUGAAUAUCAUCCAAAAGCAUUAGAAAUUCAAGAGAAAUAUUAUCCAUCAAACUGUGUCAUCAUAUCCAAUACUAUGAAUCGUAUCGGUCAUGUUUUGUACAAUGAAAGAAAGUAUGACGAAGCUAUUCACUAUUAUCGACGAGCACUUUCAAUGCAAGAGAAAUCGUAUCCUGAUGGUCACAUUGAAACUUCUCAUACUUUAAACUCUAUUGGUAGUGCUCUAUACGAACAAAAGAAGUUCGAUGAAGCUCUUCAGUUUUAUCAAAAAUCUUUGACUAUUCAAGAAACAUAUCAUGAACUUUUACAUAUCGACAUCGCUAGGAGUCUGAAUUCUAUUGGUAAUGUUUUAUAUAGCCAAGAGAAAUAUGAUGAAGCUAUUCAUUUCUAUCAACGAUCAUUAGAUAUCCGAGAGAAAUUCAAUCGAUUUAGUGAUAUUGGCAUCGCUACCGUGCUGGGCAACAUUGGAAGUGCUCUUUAUGAACAAAGAAAGUAUGAUGAAGCUAUUGACUUCCAUCUACGAGCACUAACAUUUCGAGAGAAAUUCGAUACAACUAAUCAUGAUGAUAUCGUUGAUAGCCUAAGAAAUAUUGCCAAUACUCUAAGCGAACAAGAAAAGUACAAUGAAGCUAUGGAGUUUCAACAACGAGCAUUGACAACUAAUCUUGAUGUACAAGUUGAUGUGGCCGCUACAAAUUUGACUAAUGUUACCGCACAAGUUUAA